ACCGACUCGAUUAUCAUGUCUCUCAGCGCGCCAGGAGGUGCUCCGCCGAUCAAUGCAGAGGAGGCCGACAACUAUGAGGAGAUCGAGAAGCAAUUCGCAGUGAAAGUCGUCGAGCACAUGUCCACGUACUGGUCGAUCCUCGAAAAGCUCCCUGGAUCCAAGCUCCGACUCACGAAAAUGGACGAUGACAUCCUCGAGCACUUCAACUCAGAAUUCCCCGACUUUGACCUCAAAGCCACCAUCAACGAGGACGACAUGAAGAGCAAGGCAGGAAAGGAGAAGUGGCGCAACUUCAUCAAUCAAUACGAGAACAAGGUGGAGGACUACAACUUUGGCACAAUGCUGCGAGCAAACACCGCGGAGGAGUAUGGACAGGAAGGAACGAUUUUUGCUGUACGCAUGCAAUUCUAUGCGAUAGAGAUUGCGAGGAAUCGGGCUGGAUUGAACGACUGGGUGUACGAGAAGGCGACUGGCAAAAAGGCAUCGUGAGCCGAAUCAUCCGAUUGGACUUCUUCAGUCAAGCGGUUUGUGUCGAGAUCCGCUCUGCGUGCCAGGUCAGUCACCGCGCCCAUUGUUGAAAUGCUGUGAACGCAAUGUUUGCGAUCUAGGUCGUACCCACCUCUUCGAGAUGCUGCUCCGUCAGUACUUGGCCCGGAUCAAGU